AGGUAGCGGCCGUGGUGGCGGAGGUUGACCAGCAGGCAGCUCUCAGACAGCCUUACACCUCCCUAGCUGGCAGACGGAACACCAUGAGAGCUACAGUGGUCACCAUUCUUCUGCUGGGAGUCCUUCAUGGAGCUGUUGGGUUCCUGUGCUAUAGCCGUGACUUUGGCGAUGACAACACUGGUUUGGUAUUCUGCCCAUCCGGUUCCUGCUUUUCUGUUGGAGGCAGCUUCUUAGGGAAGUCUGACUCCAAGAAAGGGUGUUCUGAGAAAGCCUAUCCUUUCGGCUGUCAAGGAGUGGGCCUGCCAGGAUUUCUUUCAGAACACACCUGUUUCUGCAAUAGUAUCCUUUGUAAUUCUUCAACCAUGCCCUCUGUUCUUGUGCCUCUUCUGAUACUCCCUUACCUCCUCCAGAAGCUCCUGUAGGGCACUGGAAAAUACAAUGCCAAAUGUGGUCAGAAGAACUAUACAGCAUUUAAUAGAAAUGGAUAAAUUAGAUUGGUUAAAGAUAAAUUGGUUAAAGUUAACAGAUACAUUAAAGAUUUACUUGUUUCUUUGUUGACCAGUUUUGAAUGUAUCAACAGUAUUCUAUGAAAUUUAAUUUUUUAUACAAAAAACUUCUCUAACCCUUGAACUGUGUAUUAAAUGUGGGGCCAAUUUUAAAAGGCUGGAAGUGAAAAAUAAAUAUUUAAGUUUUAACAUUGAAUAAUAGUUUAGAUUUAUCAUGGUUCUGUAACUAGUAGAGAUGUUACGUAUUUCUUUAGUGAAUUACUUUCUACUUAUGAGGAACAAAUUAAUCUAAAUAAAAAAUCACAUUCUACUGCCUAAAAUUUUAAAAUUCACAGUAUCUUGGUUUAUAGUUUAUGUAUAUUACUGUUGAUAAAUUCUUCAUACUAUACUACGGUACUAUAAAAAAAAUUCCAAUUAGUUGCGAUGAGUCAAAUGUCAGUGGUACAGGCUGUCUGUAUUUUCAGUUUCUAACUCUGGAUCCAUUGCCACUAUGCAUGCAAGACUAGGUCGCCAGCAUUUCAUUAUAUGCAAGUCUGUUGAAUGCAAGAUUGGAUUACUUGCACACUGUUGCAUGAAAAAUCAGGUCACUAUUACGUGAAGAUCAGAUUACCUGUACCUGAAAAACCUUGCAUAUACUGUUGGAAAUUACUAAAAGAACAUUGUUAUAUUUUUGUUUAUUAUUAUUAUAGCGUUCACAUUCUAUAAUGUAAUUUAUAUUCACUAGAUAAAUAUAUUUUACAUGUUUUUAUAAUGGUAAUUUGAUUGCUGUAGUUACUAGUUUACCAGUAUAACAGUAGAUACAAUAGUUACUAUACACUGAUAUUGAAAGUUUUAAGUCUUUGAUGGUUUUGGUAUUGAAGAAUUAUUUAAAAAAUGUCUUGACUGGGUAAAUUGUGUAGGUAUAAGUUAUCAGUGUUGACAAUAAUAGGGUUGUGCUGUGCCUGGAAGUAUUCUUGAUUUAUAAGACAAGUGUCAAGCAACUCUGAUGGGUGUAGUUUGACCAAUUAUUAUCCUGCAAGACCUCAUGUUAUCUCUUUUAGCUGGUUCAUUUUGUCUAUUAAUAGAAGAAUCACAUGUUCUGAAAGUCCAUUCAUAUAGUGUAUUCUAAAUGUUUGUUUUUAUGAAGCAGUACUGCUAUGCAAACAUAAGCUGUUAAUAAUUUAGGUACUGACCUACUUUUACAUUUAAGAAUUGAUUGAAUGUGCUGGAAUUUGUAAAUACUGUAGAGGAAUUAGAUUGAGGUCACCGUGGUAAUUGUUGCCUUGUGAGUCUACACACUUCUACUGGCAUUCCUACAGAUUUUGUAAUUUAUACAGUACUUUAUUUUUAGUUAAGAGUGCACCUGUCACACUUGUUUGGUAACCAGAGUGUUCUCAAAUACUGUACUUUGAUUUGUAAUAAUUUUUAAAUUAAAGAGAAAAAUAACAAAGAA